ACAACAUUAUCCUCCAAAUUUGGAGCUUUUUCUUCUUCGUCUUCUCUUCCCCUUUUCCGCUCUCGCGCACCCACCCAAAUCGCCAUGGAUCUCUUAACCUCUUCCUCUCUCCUCCCAAUUCCAACCGCCACACCUCGCUCCCUCCUCCCUCUCCUCCGGCGACCGCUCCCAUUUUACCUGUCGCCCUUCUCCUCCGUCCCUCGCCGCCGCCCUCGAGCACGCUCCCUCUCCCUCCACGUCGCGAGUCGCACUCCUACUCGCGGCCGUCGCCGCCCACCCGACCCAUCCAACGAACACCUCCUCCGCCUCGUACACCGAGGCGAACUCGAUGAGAGCCUCCGCUUCGUCGAAUCCAUGGUCGUCCAAGGUGAGGUCCCCAACAUCAUCCCCUGCACCAGCCUCAUCCGCGGCUUCUGCCGCCACGGACGCACCGGCAACGCCGCCCGCGUGCUCUCCAUCCUCGAGUCCUCCGGCGCCGCCCCCGACGUCAUCACCUACAACGUGAUGAUCGCUGGCCUCUGCAAGUCCGGCGAGCCCGAUGCCGCCCUCGAUGUCCUCCGCCGCAUGUCCGUCGCGCCCGACGUCGUCACUUACAACACCGUCCUCCAGUGCCUCUGCGAUCGUGCUCGCCUUAAGCAGGGCCUCGAGUUGCUCGACGAAAUGCUCCAGACAGGUUGCGCCCCGGACCUGUUCACCUACACGAUACUAAUCGAAGCGGCUUGUAAGGAGAGCGGCGUCCAGCAAGCAAUGAAGCUCCUGGACGAGAUGCGGACCAAGGGAUGCACGCCGGACGUCGUCACAUACAACGUCUUGAUCAACGGCAUGUGCAAGGAGGGCAGGUUGAAAGAAGCAAUCGAGUUCUUGGAUCACAUGCCUUCCUACGGCUGCAAUCCCAACGUCAUUUCCCACAAUAUCAUCCUCAGGAGCAUGUGUAGCACAGGCAGGUGGGUGGACGCCGAGAAGCUGUUUGCUGAAAUGAUUCAGAAGGGUUGCUCGCCCAGUGUUGUCUCUUUCAACAUCCUCAUCAACUUCUUGUGCCGUCGAGGACAGAUGGGUCGCGCCAUUACUCUGUUGGAUAAGAUGCACGAGCAUGGGUGCACCCCCAAUUCAUUGAGCUAUAACCCAGUCAUCCAUGGGUUUUGCAAGGAGAAGAAGAUGGAUAGGGCAGUGGAGUGCUUGGAUAAGAUGGUUUCGAGAGGGUGUUACCCAGACAUUGUCACAUACAACACUUUGCUUACUGCAUUGUGCAAAGAUGGUAAGGUUGAUGUUGCUGUGGAAAUGCUUCAACAACUUGAAGACAAGGGAUGUUCCCCUGUCUUGAUUUCAUAUAACACUGUCAUUGAUGGGCUCUCUAAAGUUGGGAAUACGGAGAAGGCAGUUGAGUUUCUAAAGGAGAUGCUGCAUAAGGGACUUCGUCCUGACGUGAUUACCUUUGCUUCUCUAGUUGCCGGUCUAACUAGAGAAGGCAAGGUCACUGAGGCAAUCAGUAUAUUUGAGGAGUUGCAGAAGAUAGGCAUUGUACCCAAUGCAAUUAUAUAUAACUCAAUCAUUUUGGGGCUAUGUAAAUUGCAGCAGACUGUUCGUGCCAUUGAUUUCUUUGCUACCAUGAUCUCUGAUGGUCGUAUGCCUACUGAAUCCACCUAUACCAUUCUCAUUGAAGGACUAACUAAUGAAGGACUGACAGAAGAGGCUACACAGUUACAUUUUGAAUUGUGUUCUAGAGGAGUUGUUAAGAAGAAGGUGGUAAAUGUGAUUACUAACACAUAGAUAAGGAUUUUCCUUGAGAUUUAGAAUGAGAUUUUGGCGAACUCUGUGGAAUUGUGUCAUCAAACUCCAUUCUGCCACUGAAUGACAGAAAAAGUGCUUCACCGAUCUAAUACUGGAGUUGAUUCAAAAGAGUAUCUAAUGUGAGUUACAAAAAUUUGAAGAUGAUGAUUCAUUGCAGCACAGCAGUGGAUUUCUAGCUCCUUUUGGUAUGACAUAAUCUUAUCUUCAGUUUUGCAAUAUCAAUAGUCAUGCUAGGUUGAUUUGUUUUAGCUAUGAUAGUUGUAUAACAUUCCUGGUACUAGUUGCUUAUUAAUUUAUCUUCUAUCUGCUUCCUUCA